AAAGAAUGAUCUCUCAGACAAAUCGAAAAAGGUCUGAGGGACCAGACCUUAAGGAGGGGGAUAAAGUUUACCUUUGGCGACGAAACAUUCGCACCAAGCGCCAAAAUAGUAAACUUGAUUUUCUUAAAAUCGGACCAUUUAAAGUCAAAAGGAUCAUAGGACCAGUAAAUUAUGAACUGCAACUACCUAAGAGCAUAAAGAUACACCCUAUCUUUCAUAUGUCAUUACUGGAGAAAGCGGAUCCGGAGACUCCCCUCAAUAAGGAAACCGAAUUAGAAGACCCUACCGAGCAGGAAUACGAGGUUGAGAAGAUCCUAGACCACCAGGUCAGAAGACGUCAACACUUCUACCUCAUAAAAUGGAAAGGAUACCCACAGGAAGAAAACACUUGGGAACCGUACAAAAACCUCAACUGUCCGUUUGAGUUAUCACGAUACCAUCGUGAGAAUCCGAUGCACUCAAAACCUCUUGGUUUCCGACAGCCUGAGUGAAAACGGCGAGAUUAUCCGCUAGCUCUCGGAGCUCACCAUCUGUCAGACCACCAUUACGGGCUCUUUCUUCCUCUUCUUCUUGUUCAAGUUCUUCCAUAAGACAGAUUGCCUUUUCUUUCGCUCUUUUCUCGGCAAACUCUAAAAGUACUCGAUUACGCGACAAUCGGCUUUGUAUCUCAGCAAGCUCGGCACUGACUUUCUCUAACCGUUUCAAAUCUUCGUUUAUUGCGGACUUGGUUUUCUCUCUCGUUUUGUCUAAGGACUCCCAAGAUUGGCCAACACAAGGAAUUCCUUUUCGGGUGCAGUUUGCACACCUAGCUCCUUUCGAGGAAGACAUGACAACACAGGUAUAACCGCUCUUGAAACAGUCGAAGCAAGCUUGGGUCGCGAUAUCCCCUAGGCCCUCGAUCUCAGAAAAAAGUCGUUUGCGCCUUAGAGAGGGAAUGGAGGCCAUCUUUGAAUAAGAAAAAGCGGGACUCCUAUAACUAUUUAAGCACUAGCCUAAGCUUGGGACAAGCUUAGUAAGGAGGGGAAUGAUGUUACAAGGUAACAUGGUGAUCACGUAAAGGGAGAGCGAUCAUGUUGAUCAUUCAUGAUCGAGGUGAUCAGUCUGCAUAAGCGAAAGGUUGUGAUUCGCUCAGAAGGAUUGAACGAAUCAGGAAUGCAGUUAGUGAUCAGUCUGAUCAUUCAUGAUCAGAAUGAUCGCUGAGAAUCAGGCAACAAGGACACUGGAACAAAGGUCUAUAUAAACAUCCUGUCCCUACUGGCAUUACACCUCUUUGUGAUUCAACUGUCUAGUUUACCUAGUAGUUAGUUUGAAUACAUUCUCAUACUCUUGAAGCUCAGACUAUUCUAAGUCAUAAACAUAACUAUCUUAUUGUAUUCCUUCCACAAUAAGCUCUUGUUAUACAUUGUUCCUCUGCUCUAGGAAGCUAAACCCUUCCGAAGUGGCUUACAUUAGUGAAGCUAGUCGGUAUCAGGAAAGUAUUCCUAACAAC